CUAUUAACUCUGCAGACAGUUGGCGACUUCUGUGCAUUUCAGCAUGCGCUGACCCUGCUCUGUCAUUUUACGUGGCCUACCACUUCAUUGCCAAGUUGCUGUUGUUCCCAGUUGCUUCCACUUUGUUAUAAUACCACUAACACUUGACCGUGGAAUGUUUAGUAGCAAGGAAAUUUCAUGGAUGGACUUAUUACACAGGUGGCAACCUAUCACAGUACCACGCUUGAAUUCACUGAGUUCCCGAGAGCGACCCAUUCUUUCACAAAUGCUUGUAGAAGCAGUCUGCAUUCCUAGGUGCUUGAUUUUAUACACCUGUGGCCAUGGAGGUAAUUAGAACACCUGAAUCCAAUGAUUUGGAGGGGUGUCCCA